UGAUGAAAAUGUCAUCAUGGCAACUUUCAACAUUCUCAUGUAUUUAUUAUCUUGUGUAACUCAUAGCCCACCUUGGAACUUGCUUAUUGUUUAGAGUUGUAAAGGAUUGUUUCUCGAAGCACAAAAAAAUCCUAACAGAUUUUAUUCUCUAUAUUUUAAAUGUUUUUUUGCAUAUUUGUAUUUAUUACUUAAACAAGUAUUACCCUUUAUCUUUUUUCAAAAUAUAGGUAUUUGCAUGUAGUCUUGGACGUGGGGGGAAAGACUUGUGAAUAUCUCACUGAACAAUAGUGAAUUACUUCAUUUUUUUCUCAUUUUCUUCACGUUUCAUAUUCAUGUUUUAUGGCACUACGGUGAUCCCAUACAUCUGAACAUUUAAAAAAAAGAAAACAAAAGAAAAAAACUUUUGUGGAACUGAUUAAUGAGCACAUAAAGUUUGUGCUAUAAUAAAUAAAAUACGAAAAAACACGACGUCUUGAAACUAGAACUAUGCGUGCAAUAAAAAAAUCAACUCAGUAAUGGAGUCGAAGUCCGUCGGUCUUUGGAAACUACCAUCUAUAAACCUUGUUGAGUCUCUCUCGCUGAACAUCCAGAUGAACAGGUUACGACCAUGGUUACGACAUGACCUGGACUGCCGCCGCCUUCCUGCUGUCCCUUUAAUCGGCAAUAUCAUAUGAUCCAACAGAAAGCUUCCUGUUCGCCGAAGAAGAAAUGCUGUGCAGCAGAGCGUUGGAAGUUUUUUAGGAGCAGCUUCAAUGACAGAUGAGUAACCGCACAGGUAGCAGGAGGCAGAAAGCUGCAGAGGAUGGAGAGCGGAGUCUCAUUGGACCUCCGUCCGGACACGCCGGGGAGAGCGUCCGGGAUCAAGACGCCUCAACGACCCCGUUUUUCGUCUACUUGCUGGCGUUUUUCUCCGCCCUGGGUGGAUUCCUCUUCGGGUAUGACACGGGGGUGGUCUCUGGAGCGAUGCUGCUCCUGAAGAAGGAGAUGCACCUGAGCGCCCUGUGGCAGGAGCUGCUGGUGUCCAGCACCGUCGGAGCCGCGGCGCUCUCCGCCCUCAGCGGGGGCUUCCUGAAUGGGUGGCUGGGGCGCAGGAUUUGUAUCCUCAUCGCCAGCUUCAUCUUCUGUGGCGGUGGGAUUGUUAUGGCUGUCGCCCUGAGCAAAGUGGUCCUCCUUGUUGGUCGCAUCACAGUGGGUUUGGGCAUCGGCAUUGCUUCUAUGACCGUCCCUGUAUACAUCGCUGAGGUUUCCCCUCCGCACCUGCGAGGCCAGCUGGUCACCAUCAACUCUCUCUUCAUCACUGGUGGCCAGUUUAUUGCCAGUGUGGUGGACGGGGCGUUCAGCUACCUGAGUCACGAUGGCUGGAGGUACAUGCUGGGUCUGUCCAUCCUGCCUGCCGUGCUGCAAUUCUUCGGCUUCAUCUUCUUGCCGGAGAGCCCCCGCUGGCUCCUGCAGAAAGGCCGGAGUCAGGAGGCACGCCAAGUCCUGGGCCGGAUCCGGGGGGGCCAGAACAUCGAGGAGGAGUACGACACCAUCAGGACCAGCAUUGAGGAGGAGGAGAAUGAAACGGGAUCAGGAGGUGUCGUCAUUUUGCGCAUCCUCAGCUAUGGACCGACUCGCAGGGCUCUCAUCGUCGGGUGUGGCCUCCAGAUGUUCCAGCAGCUGUCUGGGAUCAACACAGUCAUGUACUACAGCGCCACAAUCCUGCAGAUGGCCGGGGUGCGGGAAGACAAACAGGCGAUCUGGCUGGCUGGUGCAACCUCAGCUACCAACUUCGUGUUCACCCUGGUGGGAGUUUGGCUCGUGGAGAGGGUGGGCCGCAGGAAGCUGACGCUAGGCAGUCUUUUAGGAACUGGACUGAGUCUGACUUUGUUGGCCGUGGGGUUCCUGCUGUCGGCCCAACACUCUCCUCCUGUCACGCUCCACCCCGUCGACUUUCACAAUUCCACCUGCAGACUUUAUGAGUCCUGUGAACCUUGCAUGUUGGAUCCAGACUGUGGAUUCUGUUACCUCGAAAACGACGCCGGCGUGUUCAACUCUUCCUGCGUUCCUGUCAGUCCGGCAUCGACCGACAGCGCAGCCUGGGGAAGAUGUUCUAAUCGGACGGAAGAAUCUUUCAGCCCAUAUUGGGCUUACAACUACUGUCCCACAUCGUACUCCUGGGUUGUUCUUUUGGGCCUCAUCCUCUAUCUCGCAUCAUUUGCUCCAGGUAUGGGCACGAUGCCCUGGACGGUGAACUCAGAGAUCUACCCGCUGUGGGCACGCAGCACCGGAAACGCCUGCUCUGCUGGCGUCAACUGGAUCUUCAAUGUGCUGGUGUCUUUGACGUUUCUCCAUGUUGCAGAGUAUCUGACGUAUUACGGUGCAUUCUUCCUGUACGCGGGCCUGGUGGUGUUGGGGCUCCUCUUUGUCCUCUGCUGCCUCCCGGAGACGAAGGGCUUACAGCUGGAGGAAAUCGAGAACCUGUUCGCCAGGCGGCUCUGCUCUUGUGGAGAUUUGCCAGCGAGCGAUGACAACCACGUCCACUACAUCCGGCAGUCUUCAGAUUACAGGCCAGCACAUUAUGGAGCAGUGGACUCAGACUGCGCCAUAGCCUAUAUCACUGUAAGUACAGCCUCAUGGUGAAGUGCUAAAAGCUUUGCCUUUAUUUUGUAACAUUGUUAUGAAUCAUAUGUCCUUGUUGUUGCAGCUCAGAUAAUCUUGGCCAAGUGUCCCUGAACAACAUAAAAACAGGAGUCGUUUUUUUACACAGUAAUUUUGUGCUUAUUUGAUUUUGUGUUACUGUGGGUAUUUUCAAACUGUACAGGAUUUCUUACUUAAACCGUUGUUACGUUGUUGAUUUUUUUAUACUCGAGGUGUUUGCAAAUUGCAGAAAAUGUCCAGCACACUGGAAGACCUUUGUAUCUGUAUGUUUUAUGGUGGCAACUGUUUUCUAUGAACUAUGAACGCAUUCCGACGCUUUGCGAUGUAAAACAACGCAAAGUGCAAAAAUAAAAGAUUAUGUUCUGCCAGCAGACGUUGACAAAGUUUCCCUUUUCUGCUAGAAUAAUUGUGUCUGAGGUACGAAUGAACUUGCUGCUACAAAAAGUACAUACAUUUGAUAAUUUUUUUCUUUUUCUUUUUUUUUGUUUUUGUGACAAUGAAUUGUGCCAGUAAAUGUCACACUGUU